AUGUUCGAGGCCGUCUACAUUGCUGACCGCCAACAGAAUUUGGUCUAUGAGUACCUAGUACAGCUGUACUCACCAGGCUUCAAGUCACUUAUGAACGGCAUCCGCCUGAAAUUCGGUGACUUCGACGAUUCAAACCCUCCACCACUAUUGACUAUCAAUGACGAAUAUUAUGUCUGUUGCCAGCCCGCAGACAAUCUCUAUAUUUACGUCUUGUGCCUGCUGGCGGCGCUGUCCGGAUACAAUACAUACAAUCCAUUGAUUCCGUUCGUCUUGAUAGAAAGAUUGGUGGAGGCCAUGGGAGAGUAUUUUGGUACACCUCUUGCUUCCACUAAAAUCGACGCCAAUAACGACACAUUGACUUUGCUUGUGAACGAGAUGAUUGACGAUGGUAUUCCCAAUAUCACCGAUUUUAAUCGCUUGCGAGACUCGGUGCUGCUGAAGAGUUUUCUUCUGAAGAUCUUGAGCACCAGCAAUGAAUUGGCUGCUGCUGCCACGAAUAAGUCGUUGGCAUCCCUCCUGAAGGUUUCAGCAACACGUGUUCUAGACACCGAGAUCAUUCCAUGGCGUCGGUCGAACGUCAAGUACACAAACAACGAGAUGUUUGUGGAUGUCGUUGAAGAGGUCAGUGUGAUCUUGAAACCCAAGAGAGGCCACAAGACGCGAUCCACCACCCAGAACUUCGACUCUGCAUUCUAUUCGCUGUCGAACAUUACCCCGGGUCAGCGUCUUGUCCCAUUGACAGGUACCAUCAGUGGGAAAAUUGACUGCCUUUCGCAUAUUAGUGGAGUUCCCCAGCUCCAGAUAUUACUCAACUCGGCAUCUACAUACAUCGAGGCCCCUCAAUUCCAUCAGUGCAUAAAUCCUACCAAUUGGGAGCGCUCUCGCUCACUCACCUUCAUUCCUCCGGAUGGUCUGUCCACUCUCAUGACUUACCUGGUUGAUUUGGAUGUUCUCCCUGAGAAAACUCAAUUGAACAUGCUCGGUCCACUUGAAUUUGAUUGUCUGCUGGAUCUUGGAAUCCAUCUGAACGAAUUUGAAGUUCGCAUCAUAGUUCUGAAGCUCCAGGCCGUGCCGAAGAUCGAAAGUAUCACAGUGGAGAUGUUUGCAUUUGCUCCUGGGGAAGACGACGACGAAUCUGGAUGUGGAAAUGGAGUUUCAAACAUCAAGACUAUUAGAGCAACCCAUGGUGACUUCAGCUACAAAGGUAACGGGCGUGGUGAGUGGACAAUUAAGAACUUGUCCACAGGUAAUCAGCCUGUAUUUAGAGGCAUAAUCUCCACGAAGGGAGGAAAAGACGAUUAUUCAGAAGGAUCAGCAAGCUCAUCUACUCAUGAGAAUUCAGAGGUAGACAAACCUAGUGCCAAACCGGUGUCGCCUUCUUAUUACAAUGUUUCUUUCACUUACAAGGGCCAAGUUCCAAGUGGGUUAAGAGUGGAUAGCCUCAAGGUGAUCAGCGCUAAGGGAAUGGGGGAUUCAGUAAAGCCCUACAAAGGUGUCAAGUACAUCACCAAAACCGGCGAUUAUACCAUUCGUCUGAAAUAA